AUGGUUGAUUGUAUUGCACAACUACAACUAGUUGGAAUCGGACAUCUCAAAGAGUUCCUCAACACACUAGUAUACAGCAAGUACAACAAGGUACCUCAGCUCCAGAAGCUCAACAAGUUUGAUCGCAAUGGCAAAGUCAUCUCAGCACUCAAAUCAAGUUUGAACAAUCAUGUAUAUUAUAAUAUGUAUUUCAAUGAGAACUGCUUGUUCCAGACAGAAUGUUACCAGGAUGAGGAGGCCAAGUUGUUCAUACCCAAGAAGAACCUAUCGGACACUUUCAACUUCUUGUACCUCGAGGGUAAUGACAUGGUGUCACCUCUCAAGAGGAUAGAGUUCACCUCAAGAUCCCUAACUGAGUGCACAGACAAGUUUAGAGAAAUGUAUCUCAAACUCACAGGAAAGGAGUUCAAUCAAUCAAACUCUUUCGAUCCAGAUGGAGACCUGUUUGGAACAUUGACACCUGAUACCCCACCCAAGAACAGGAUACCAUCACUCCAACGCAUGCUACUUGGUGUCUUGAGACAAAAGAUGUUGAUAUGUCCCAAGGACAUUGAUACAUACCUCGAGGCACUACCAGAGAGACUACUGGAGGACUUCAUUACAGAGUGUUUGAAUGAUAGUACUCCAAAUGGAUUCGAUGCACUACAGGCAAUUUUGAGAAAGAUAAAACCCGAGGAGAAGGAGUUCCUUAGACUUCCAACACCAUCACAACUACUUAGAAGUGCAUUGGAUCAUGAUCAUUGGUUUUCAUUCUCCAACGAGAAGGGCAUCGCUCAGAACAUCUUCGUACCUCCCUACAACAACAACUUCAAGAUCAAUGUAUAUGACAACUAUUCUAUGUUCAUCAUCAAGCAAUGGUCCAACCAGAAUGAAUAUGUAUAUAAAGCAGAGCAGUCACUACUAUUUGGAUCACCAUCAAUUGUCAAGAGAGAUCAAUUCAACGAGAACAUGAAGUUGAUGACACUAGGCACCAUCACAGACACAUUCAACUGGGACAACACAUUACUUGUCGGUUCAAUAUUGACCAGUUGUCUAACUGGUGAUAUUGAGAGAUAUCAAGAGAGUGAUAUCAACAUAUACUUCCAUGGUCUUGACCGUCUUGAGAUCUCAAACAGGAUCAUGGAGUACAUCUCACAUCUACCAAGAGUGCCCACGAUCAUCCACUCAUUCAAAGGUGUGAUCUCAGUCGCCUGUCACUAUCCAUACCGCACCAUCUCAUUCCAUCUAGAACCAUACCUUAACAUCGAACACUUAUUGGUGACGAAUGAUAUCAAUUGUAGUUCGUUUGGAUAUGAUGGACAAGAGGUGUACUGCCUGUAUAGAUCAAUGGAGUCAUUGAACUAUAGGAGUAACUUUGUCAACAAUCAAACAUGGACGCUACAUGGUGAUAUACAUUAUCAACAUCGUCUGGUCAAAUACUCUGAGCGUGGAUUCUCAAUCAUCUCUGAGGACUACAACUUCUUUGUCAACAACAAGGACUUUGUACCGCAUUUCUCUCACAAUGGCUUGGCAAUGCUAGUGUCGAGCUUCACCAACGUCGAAGUGUACAAGUUCCUGCAGCAGCCAUUCUCCAUCAUCCCAUACGGCGUUUCCUGGAACAAGGCAAGCGUGGAGAAGAAGCUGUCCAGCGACAACAAGUUCACCAUCCUCUCGCCAGACAAGAUCCCAUCCAUCUGCACCGAGUCUGAGCUCAAGCGAAAGUUCUCGUCCAUGUCGUCCAACAUGUCCCCAUUCAUCAAUAUCGAGCCAAGACCAGAAGUCGACCUACUUUAA